GAUACCACUGAAAGAGAAGAGUCGACAACUGAAUGAAAUGGAAGAUAAUUAUAAGAAACAUCACAAUUUCACUGGAGAAAAUUUGUUUAAUUGCUCAAAGACUAAAAAGACUUAUUCACGAAAAAGAGCUCAAAAGACAGGAGCUGGAAGUCAUUUCACCUGCCAACAAUGUGGAAAGAGUUUCACUACAAAAGGAAACCUUGACGCCCAUAUGAGAAUUCACACUGGAGAAAAGCCUUACACCUGCCAACAAUGUGGUAAGAGUUUCACUACAAAAGGAAACUUUGACGCCCAUAUGCGAAUUCACACUGGAGAAAAGCCUUACACCUGCCAACAAUGUGGAAAGAGUUUCACUACAAAAGGAAACCUUGACAUCCAUAUGAGAAUUCACACUGGCGAAAAGCCUUACACCUGCCAACAAUGUGGAAAGAACUUCGCUACAAAAGGAAGCCUUGACGCCCAUAUGCGAAUUCACACUGGAGAAAAGCCUUACACCUGCCAACAAUGUGGAAAGAAUUUCGCUACAAAAGGAAGCAUUGACGCCCAUAUGCGAAUUCACACUGGAGAAAAGCCUUUCACCUGCAAACAGUGUGGAAAGAGUUUCACUAAAAAAGGAAACCUUGACCCCCAUAUGAAAAUUUACACUGGAAAGAAGCCUUAACACAUUGGUCUCACACUCAAUUCCUGGAGGGCCACAGUGCUGCACAGUUUAGCUCCAACCCUAAUCAAAAACACCUGA